AUGGACAGAGGGAUGUGCUCGUGCUUCGUGCGGGGAAGGAGGGUACCCGUGUAUGUGAGGUCCACAUGUUUGGGGGCCAGGUCGAAAGCGUUGAGGCCCGCUUUGGGGACAGGUCGGGCUAUCAAGUAG